AUGAGUUUGGAGGAACCAAAGAAGAUGACUAGAGAAGACUGGAGGAAGAAGAAGGAGCUAGAAGAACAGCGAAAACUGGGUAAUGCUCCUGCAGAAGUUGAUGAAGAAGGGAAAGACAUCAACCCUCAUAUUUCUCAGUAUAUCUCAUCAGUACCAUGGUAUAUUGAUCCAUCGAAAAGACCUACUUUAAAGCAUCAGAGACCACAGCCAGAGAAACAGAAGCAAUUCAGUUCAUCUGGAGAAUGGUACAAGAGGGGUGUGAAAGAGAAUUCCAUAACUAUGAAGUACCGCAAAGGAGCCUGUGAAAAUUGUGGGGCCAUGACACGCAAAAAGAAAGACUGCUUUGAGAGACCCAGACGAGUUGGAGCCAAAUUUACAGGUACUAAUAUCGCUCCAGAUGAACAUAUCCAGCCUCAACUGAUGUUUGACUACGAUGGGAAGAGGGAUCGAUGGAAUGGCUACAAUCCAGAAGAACACAUGAAAAUUGUAGAAGAGUAUGCCAAAGUUGAUCUGGCAAAACCAACACUGAAAGCCCAGAAACUCCAGGAAGAACUGGCCUCAGGAAAAUUAGUAGAACAAGCUAAUUCUCCAAAACACCAGUGGGGAGAAGAGGAACCAAAUUCUCAGAAGGAAAAAGAUCAUAAUAGUGAAGAUGAAGAUGAAGAUAAAUAUGCAGAUGACAUUGACAUGCCUGGGCAGAAUUUUGACUCUAAGAGAUGAAUUACUGUUCGGAAUCUCAGAAUUCGAGAAGAUAUUGCAAAAUAUUUGAGAAAUUUAGAUCCAAAUUCUGCCUACUAUGAUCCAAAAACUAGAGCAAUGAGAGAGAAUCCUUAUGCCAAUGCAGGAAAGAAUCCAGACGAAGUGAGUUAUGCAGGAGAUAACUUCGUUAGAUACACAGGAGAUACCAUUUCAAUGGCUCAGACACAGUUGUUUGCUUGGGAGGCGUAUGACAAAGGAUCCGAAGUGCAUCUGCAGGCAGAUCCCACAAAACUAGAAUUGUUGUAUAAGUCCUUCAAAAUCAAAAAAGAAGACUUCAAAGAGCAGCAGAAAGAGAGCAUCCUGGAAAAGUAUGGUGGCCAAGAACACCUGGAUGCUCCCCCAGCUGAACUGCUUUUAGCCCAAACUGAAGACUACGUGGAGUACUCAAGACAUGGAACAGUCAUCAAAGGACAGGAGCGGGCAGUUGCCUGCUCCAAGUAUGAGGAGGAUGUGAA